ACUUAAUACCUUUAGAUUUCUUCCACGGUUUCAGUGGAAGAAAAUUCCCAAUUUCUUUCGAUUAAAACAUCCAAAUUGCUAGUGAAACUUUAAUAAACCAAAAUGGUGCUGACGGCAGAGGUUCAUUUGCCAGAGGAGUCUGAAUUGACCGUGCCUGAGGUCAAUCUUUCCAUGGCCAGUUUAAGGGCUGGAUCUUUCCAUCUCGGAAAAUACUGCGAACAGGCUAAUAAUGAGUUCAUGCUCUGCCGUUUCGAAGAGAAGGAUCCUCGCAAGUGCAUCAAUGAAGGCAAGGCAGUCACCGCUUGCACCAUGGAAUUCUUCCGCAAGGUGAAGAGCGCGUGUAUGAGUGAGUUCAAUCAGUAUGCUAACUGCGUUGACAAAAGCUCUGGAGAUUUCAGCUUUGAACACUGCCGCACCACUCAAGGCGUUCUGGACAAGUGCAUGCUGGACAAGCUCAACAUAGAGCGCCCGGGCUUCGGAUACUUCACCGAGGCUAGAGUUCACAACACCAAGAGGCCCAAGCCCCAAGCGGAGCCCGGGCUAGUGUUCCCGGACGCGACACCCGCGCUCCCCGACGACGCCGAGCGCAAACCUGCUCGCAUGGGCUCUCGCUUCUACUGGAUGACCGAGUAAUACCGGUUGGCGAAACACCAAUCGAGUUCCGGUCUCCAAAGCGUCAGCAAAAGCUAAACAACUCUUCAUUUUCUUGUCAAAAAUCAAAAGAAUUAUUAAUUCAACAACAGAUGGCGCUCUUUUAAGCACUAGUACGAGAAGUGGUUCAUUAUAUGUCAGGUCGAAACUUCGGAGGUCCAUCUGUACUGAAAAACGUCGUACGAUACACGUGCGAAAAGGAAAUUCGUAACUCGUGUCGAUUUAAAACACU